GCCACUAGGAUAGGGCUAUCAUUCAUUUCAGGCUAUAUAAAUUCGGCACAUUUCACUUCUAAAUAACAUUCAUUUAUCCUUGCUCAUCUCAAAUACAAUUAAGCAACCACCAUGGAGCUCUCUCUAGUUGUUUUACUUUUUGCUCCUAUUAUUCUGACAAUUGUUGCCAUCUUUGCACUCAGACCGAGAUCAGGUGGUGCCAAAGACCUUCCCCCAGGGAGCUUGGGAUGGCCUAUCAUGGGUGAAACUGUUGAGUUCCUGUUUGGGAAGCCGGAGAAGUUUGUGUUCGAUAGGAUGAAAAAGUACUCUCCUGAUAUUUUCAAAACAAAGAUUCUUGGGGAGGAAACUGCAGUUAUAUGUGGGCCUGAUGGACACAAGUUUCUUUUCUCCAAUGAGCAAAAGCUCUUCACAGCUUUCCGACCUCAUUCAAUGCAAAAACUGUUCCGCUCUUACCAGGCUGCUGCGCCAGUUCAAAUUGCCCGGGAUGCUGAGGCCAAAAUUUUGCGUUCUCCAGGAUUCCUGAAGCCUGAAGCACUGGUGAGGUAUUUGGGGAAAAUGGACUCUAUCACCCAGCAACAGAUGCAGAAAUAUUGGGAAGGCAAAGAUGAAGUGAAGGCCUUCCUUCUUGCUAAGACCCUGACCUUGACUCUCGCAUGUCGUUUCUUCUUGGGCACAGAUGAUCCUGAGCGUAUCUCUAGGCUCGUUAGCAACUUCGAUGAUAUUACCUUGGGGAUGCAUUCUAUUCCUGUAAAUUUUCCAGGGACAAUUUUUUACAGAGCAAACAGGGCGGCAGCUGCAAUCCGGAAGGAGCUAAGAGAAGUUAUAAAGGAGAAGAAAGCUGCCAUGGCAACAGGAGCGCCUAUGCAGGACAUACUUAGUCAUAUGAUUGUGGCCAGUGACCCGUCUGGAAAAUACAUGCCUGAGGCUGAGAUUGCUGAUAAAAUUAUGGGAUUGCUGGUUGCAGGAUACAGCACUGUGGCUACUGCUAUGACUUUCUUCAUGAAGUACGUUGGAGAGAGACCUGACAUCUAUGCUAAAAUUCUAGCAGAGCAAUCAGAAGUUGAGGCUGGCAAAAAGCCAGGGGAAUUUUUGGACUGGGAUGACAUACAGAAGAUGAAGUACUCCUGGAAUGUACUGUAUGAAGUGAUGAGAUUGACACCUCCACUUCAGGGAACCUUCAGGGAGGCGCUCACAGAUUUUAGUUAUGCUGGUCACACUAUUCCAAAGGGGUGGAAGAUAUAUUGGACGGUUAGCACAACAAACAAGAACCCUGAAUACUUUCCAGAACCGGACAAAUUUGACCCUUCAAGAUAUGAUGAUGGAAAUACUUUUCCUCCAUUUACGUUUGUUCCAUUUGGAGGUGGACCUCGAAUGUGCCCUGGAAAAGAGUAUGCUCGACUGGCUAUACUCACAUUCGUGCACAACGUAGUGAAAAGGUUCAAGUGGGAAUUGAUCCAUCCAAAUGAAAAGAUUAUUGGAGAUAUGAUGCCAACACCAGAAAAAGGCCUUCCCAUUCGCCUUAAACGUCACUAGGCUGGCUUCCAUUAUUAGCGAAGAAUCCGAUAUGAGCCAUUAGUUUUUCAUUUUUGCAUUAGACUUUCAGUUUCACCUUUAUUUAAUAAACUUAUACAUCUUCAAACAUAGUCUAUAUAUCCUAAGAAGCGUUCAACUUCAAGCCGAGGGGUGUUGAAAUCGUAAUCUAGCUGUCUUUCUUUUGGUUACAAGGAUUUAGCCACAAGAUCCGACAGUAUCUUUCUUGUCUUAAGACAUGUUUUAUUUUUAAAUUUCUGAACGUCAGAAAUCAGUCAUUCCGUUCUCAUUCAUUCAAUAUAUAUAUAGAUGCAUGUAGUUACUGUAUUUGGAUUCGCUCUACAUUCCACCUUUCUGCUUUGGACUAUUGUAAUGUAUUUGGAGAUAAUAAUUUAAUAAAAAAAAUAAAAGUUCUUUGUAUAAAUCUCACUCUCAAUAAA